UUGAACUUGCAAAAUAAAACAAAAAUAAAUAAAGUUUUGUAGAUAACCCCACCUCUACUCCUACGAUGUACCUUGCGUAUCGAACUGUAGUGGUGGUAUUAAAGUUAAAUAAGGAUAGUCGACUGAGGAAACGUGAUCCCGCAGUGAGAAAUAACUUUAUUUUUGGGUUUUUAGAGUUCAGAAUUUAUUACGUUAGAAAACGGUCCGAAAAUAGAACAGCUACGAAAAGCGUUCUGUACGUGAGAGGUGCUGUUGGAUGGUUUAUAAUUGUUGAAAAUAUUUGUUUUUAUUACGUUUGGUACGCGUUUUUAACAAGUGUAGUUAAUUUACACAAAAAACGAGAUAAUAACGAAUUCUACUGCGCACUGUUACCUAACCUCAUUUUAAAUAUUGAAGCAACCAGUUGUUGGAUUGUGCUGUUAAUAUUUGUAAAAAAAAUGGCACAGUGGAUGGGUUAUAUGGUUUCUAUUAAAUGUGCAGAUGAUGCAGCGUAUCAAGGAGAAAUUAACGCAGCCACUACUGCAGAAAUUACUCUUACCAAGGCAUUCUGUAACGGCAUACCGUGCCCCGAAAAUGAAGUCACCAUAAGAGCAAACGAAAUCGAAGAAUUAAAAUUGAUAGAUAAACAGUCCAGCUCACCACAACAAAGUAGCACAAUUACAAUUGCCAAACCCAUAGCUAAGCGAGCUGGACGUACCCAGAGCACCUCAGACGUUACAAAUUCCACAACAAAACACACAAACGUGAAUGGAUCUCAUAGUAAAUCUAAACCUAUAGAUAUUGAACCUAAGAACAAUAAUUACAGUUUUAAUGAAUCAAGUUCAUUUAAAAAUGGAACUCCAAAUAAAAGAGAAAAGUCAAAGGGUAAGUGGUCUAAGGGUUGGAAAGAUGAAGAAUGUUUUGGUUCACCUUUAGAUCACAAGAUUAAUAAAGAUUUUGACUUUGAAAAGAAUUUAGCUUUGUUUGAUAAGCAAGCCAUUUGGGAUGAGAUAAAUAACUCUCAAAAGCCAGAUGUGAUUCGUAAUGUUGAUAACAAAAAACCAUCCAAAUACAGACAUGACGAAAAUGUAAUUGCAACGACUCCAGCUACUUAUAGGCAGAUUAUAGUGCCUAAACAAGAUUUCUGUGAAUAUGUAACAGAUGAUGGUCUAAUUAUACCCAGUAUUUCGAGAUCGUUGAGGAAAAAGUUAUGGGAAGUUGCUGAGAGAGUUGGAUUAACAUGGGAUAAACGGGUUGAAUUAUUAGGCAGAGCCGCAACUGAAAUCUGUAUUCAGUUGUUAGGUGGAGGACACAGAUUGAAUCCACAUAAUUCUCAUCAAUUUCCUACCGUCGUUGUAUUAUGUGGACCGCACAAGCAGGGAGCAAUGGGGAUCAACGCUGCCCGACACCUGGCCAGUCACGGGGUCCACACGAUAGUCUACAUUGUGUCUUCAGAAGUAGCGGUAAUAAAAAAAGAGUUAUCACUUUAUAUACUUACGAAAAACCAAGUGGUUUACUCUGUAUCGAACUUGCCAAAUUUCGCGGAUUUAAUCAUAGUGGCAUUAUGCGAAGAUACGGAGAAUCCAAAAAGUUACCCAGAUCUGUGCGAUUGGGCGACGAGAAACAGAGCUCCAAUUUUGGCUCUGGAUCCUCCUUCCGUGGGUAUUCCGGGAAUUACACCAAAGUUCUCGUUACUACCCGUCUUACCUCUACCUCAUUCGUCAAAAAAUGGAAAAUUAUAUUUAUGUAAUUUGGGAUUCCCAGUUGACAUUUUUACUGAAGUUGGGAUUAAGUACAAGUCGCCUUUUGGCCCAAAAUUUGUUAUACCUUUGCAUCCAAAGGAUGACUGAAUCUGUUUUCAGAAGAACUGCAUCAGAAAUUUUUAAUUCUUGACCGAAAAACGUAUUUGCGUAAGUGAAGCCAGUGAUGUAAGUUUUUUUAUAUAUAUAUUUAUUUAUGGAUGACAAAAUUGAUAGUGGUAUGCACCAUAUACCAUUUUUUUUGUAUUGACAUUCCAAUUAUUUAUGAAAAACAUUGAAAUUUUCAGUAUACAAAAAUAUAUUUUUAAUACAUGUGUACUUUUAUUGAACAUUAUAAGUGAAAUUAUAAUGCAAUGCAAUUGGCCAAUAUUUUAUAUAUAUUGUGAUAAGGAAAAUGGUGUAAGCAUUUUUUGAAUUCAUAUUUUAUUUUAAAGUUUGAAUCAGUACAUUGGCAAUUAAUUACUUUUUUUUUCAUAUUUUAAUUUUAUCCUGUUUGUAAUGCUGCAGCAUAAAAUAAAGUUGAAUUUUGCGAA